AUGCGCCCAUCGCCCUCAUGGCAGACGAGCUCGUCGCUCGAUCGAUUGGCAGACGAGCACGUCGUCGCAGCAGACGCGCUCAUCGUCGCUCGCUCGACCGGCAGUCGCGUCUUAUCGCUCGCUCGCUCGAUCGACAGGCGGACGAGCUCGUCGCUCGCUUCGACGGGCGGACGCGCUACACCGUCGCUCGCUCGACGGACGCGCUCCUCGCUCGCCCUCAUGGCGGACGCGCUGGUCGCUCGCUCGGCACAAGCUCGUCGCCUCGCUCAUUUGGCAGACGCGCUCAUCGCUCGCCCUCAUGGCAGCCGCGCUCAUCGUCGCUCGCUCGAUGGACGGACGCGCUCAUCGCUUGAUCGCCUCGCUCGACAGACGCGCUCAUCAUCGCUCGACUGGCGGCCGCGCUCGUCUCUCUCGCUCGCUCGACAGACGCGCUCCUCAUCGCUCGCUCGAUUGGCAGACGCGCACGUCGUCGCUCGCUCGCCUGGGCGGACGCGCUACAUCGCUCGUUUGGCAGACGCGCUUCUAGUCGCCUUGAUUGCCGGACGCGCACGUCGCCCGCUCGACGGACGCGCUCAUCGCUCGAUCCAUCGGCGGACGCGCCCGUCGCUCGCUCGACUGGGCAGACGCGCUCAUCGCUCGCUCGAUUGGCAUACGAGCUCAUCGUCGCCUCGCUCGAUCGACUGGGGCGCAUGUCGCUCGCGCUACAGGCAGCACGCGCUCAUCGCUCGCUCGCUCGACUGGUCGGACGCGCUCCCUCGUCGCCCGUUCGCUCAACAGGCGGCCGCGUCCGCCGUCACUCGCUCGACUAGCAGACGCCCUCAUCGCUCGCGCGACUAG